AGUUUUGUUCUUCAUGUGACGAAGUUUUGGAAAGUAAGCACUAUGGCAACAGAAAGAAAGAUAGUUUUUUGGACUAUUUUAUCCGCAAUGCAAUUGAUAUAUUCCUGCUCAAGCCAAACCCUUUAUUCUGACUCGGACACGUGUUCUGAACAAGAUGAAAUAAAGACAUUAAAAGAUCAAACAGCAUUUCUGAAGCAGCUUGUCAGCAGGCUCAAUCAAUCCAAAAAAGAUCAGGAUAUUAAAACGGAGAUGCUUGAGAAAGAAUUAAACUCAGUCAAGGAAACACUGUUAAUAUUGAUGGCGCCUGACCAUGUUGCCUUCCAUGUGGUAGCUAACAGUAGUUCCGGUCCUGGAGUCAUUAUUUUCGAUCAUGUGAUCUCAAAUAUUGAACGCGGCUACGACAUUAACUCCGGGAUUUUUAGUGCGCCUACAACAGGUUUUUAUGUGUUUUCUUGGAGCAUAGAGACUUACGGACAGUUGACUGAGGCUGCGCUUUUAGUGAAUGGAUUUGAAAUGGGAACAACAAAGUCCGACCAAGCUUCAUCUUACUAUGACACAACUACCUCCUUCGCCGUCCUAAACCUCACCAAUAAGGACAAAGUCUGGGUCAGAGUCAAAAGCGGGCGAGCUGAAGCGAUGCAUACCAUGUUUUCUGGCUGGAUGAUCAGUAAAACAGAUUGCACAGCAUUUUAUGCUUCCCUUUCGCAUGAGGUGAAUGGUUCUCGCAUUAUCUUUAACAACGAAACCCUAGACACGGAUGAUGCUUACUCAACGACUACAGGGAAGUUUGUGGCGCCUCGUUCUGGUCUUUACGUUUUCAUGAUGUCAGGACUUAUCUAUGGAAAUUACGAUUUUGUGUGUAAGUUUGUAUUCAGUAACGGUAAUUCUAUGCCAGUAAUUUGGGUAGACUCGAGCAGCGGGAAUUAUGACAGCAGCAGUUACAUGACGUUUGCCUGGAUGAACUCUGGAGAAUCUGUGUAUAUCGACGCCAAGAGAAUGAUAGCCACAUCCACGUUCGCAGGAUGGCUGAUGAUUGAAGACACAAGCGUGUCAAAAUCAACUUUUCCAGCUUUUCUCGCUCACGCAAGUCGUGACUCUAACAGUACUCCAGUUGUUUAUAAUCAAGCUCACGGUAGUUAUCACCAUGGCUACUCAACAAGUACAGGAAUAUUUACUGCUGAUCGGGAUGGGUUUUAUUUGUUUUUGUAUAAUACUGAAGCUUAUUCAAGGGUUACAGUUACUGCUCUGAGAGUCAACGGAGUGGAAAUAUUCGAAACGAGGUCGGACGGACGCCGUUCUGAUUAUGACGACACUUCCGCUGUCACUGUUCUUCAGUUAUCUAAAAACGAUCGUGUUUCUAUAGGAGUUAAAUCUGGGGAAGUUGACGAUGGACAAUCACUUUUUUUUGGCAUACUUCUUCUUUAAUUUGUAUCCGAAUCAUAUUUUCUAUUAUUUAAGAUGGAAGCAUACUAUCAUGAAGCUUACGUCAUUCCAUAUCUUUAACAUUAUACCGGGUACUUAUGAUUUCUAUCAUCUGAUCGUGAGGAAUCUUUCUGACUUUUUAUUUGACACUCCUGACCUGAAAAAUAUCAUCCAUUAAAACAAGAAAAUGGAGGCCAAUUUAUUAUAACUUUUAAAUAAAGAUCAUUUUCAUUUAAGCGCCAAUGACACAAGAGGACAAUGGACCACAACACUCACCUUAUUUCACUGUUAUAGGAUUGAUUGAUUAAUUGUAUAUUGUUUAACGUCCCUCUUGAGAAUUUUUCACUCAUAUGGAGACGUCACCGAUGCCGGUGAAGGGCUUCAAAUUUAGACCUAUACUCGGCACUCAGGGCCAUUGAGCAGUGAGGGUUCUUUAUCGUGCCAACGCCUACCGUGACACGGGACCUACGUUUUUAAGGUCAUAUCCGAAAGACCCGUGACUUUCACUUCUAGUGCCGAGCGCUUGGCGAAGGAACAGUCACUACCUAUGUUUACGUCUUAGGUAUGACGCGGCGCCGCGAUCGAGAAUCGAAUCCGGGCCUCCCGAUCACGAAGCAAACGCUCUACCACUAGGCUACCGUGACCGGUACUGAUUGUCUAUUUUCGAAAAAACAAUACCCUAGGAAUCAUGAAUUAAACAUUUAUUUUCUACUUACCUGAGGAUGCCUCCAUAUAAAAGGACUAUAUACUUUCACUACUCUUCAAUUUUUACGACGACAAUACCGGCGAUGAUAUCGACAUAGAACCAAUUUUGUUCAAAAGAAAAAAAAAAAACCUUUAUUGAGCCCCCGGAUCUGGAGAGCUAAGAGUCAUUGAUAUUUUUUGCAUGCUUUUCACGGUCAUUUGAUACUGAAAUUGAGAAGAUGAAAAUAUAUUGUACUAACAAAUAAAGAAUUAGGGUUUGUCCCUUGACAAAUGGCCACUGCAUAAAAACAUAAGUUUCCCCUUCAUUCAUAUAAUACCAGGACCAAAUGUUAUUAUAAAACAUCAUUAAAAGCGAAAGAUGGAAUGUUCAUUUUGUUCUAGAAUUUUGAUUAAUUUAGUUAAUUAUACAAAAUUUAAAAUACUUUUUAUUAAUGCUUUACAAAAGUUUUGUUUUCUUCAAAACAAGAGAUUCUUUCAAUAAUUAUUAAACAUUUUACAAGCGGUAAAAUAAUGUCUAAGUCUGUUUAAUGAUCCCGGGACCUGGACUUACACAGCAUUAAGAAUUGACUCAGUGUUUAUUGUAUGGUAUAUAUUGACCAUAGUGGUAGGAAACAGUGUUAACACGUCAACCUUAUUACAUGACUUCGAUUGCCGAUCAACAGGGGCUUAUCCCGUACAACAUUUUGUGUCCUGGAUUAAUCGCAGUCAUGCUGCCGACACAUCAACAUAUCAUAUAA